AGUCAGUCCUCCCAUAGCCCGUCUUUCAUCCCAGCUCCACCCAGUGCUGUUAACCUGCUGGGCUGCAUGCUCAUGGGUCGUGGGCAUGACUGUGCAAAAAUAGCUCUCCCGUCUUCUGUCAUCAGCGUCGGUGCUGUCAGCUCCUUGAACAACAAGGUACACCUGGGGCAAAUUUUUUUUUAGUUACUCCAGAGAUGAGAGUGGCACCAGCUUGCUGUUGAAUGGGAAAUGCUCACACCUCAUCACAGACAAUUGACGCCCAUGAAACAGCGUCAGAGGAAGGCCAAACUGACCGGGCUUCAUUCCUGAAAGUCGCAACUCAACGUUGCAACAAAACCAAAGUCAAAUAUUAGUUUGGGCUCCAAAGAUAGCCGUGUUGCGCAUAUAGGGGCCCUUUGUGUGUGCACGCAGCCCGUCAGCCACAGCCUGCCGACGCAUUCAGGUCCUGGAGGAUGGUGCUGUGGCUCCCAAGCGACCUGAGCUGGAAGGAAAAAGUUUGAUAACGUUACACAUCCGAGCAAAACAGCCCAACCAUGAGGGACAGAUUGAGCCACCUGCAAGAACUGUCCAACAGCCAUGUGGAGCCAAUGGACUAUGCCGAGUCCACUGCCUCCGACUCCUUCAGCAAUGUGGACUUGGAGGAGGAGCUGCAGCACCAGGCAGUGGUGUUUGACAACACCCCUGCCAUGGAGGAGGUCUUCGCCCAGGCUCAAGACAUCCACCGCGAAGUCCAGCUAAUCCGCUUGGAGGUCAAAAAGCUUCGCGAGCAGAACUCCCGCAUACUUCAGGGAACCACUCGCAUGAGCACAAUCAAAAGGGACUCUAAUGCCAUUGGUGCAGAUAUAAAGGCUCGGGCUGAGGGUGUGCUGACACACCUCCGGGACAUGGACACCACAGCACACAAACUAGAAGAAGAGCACGGUGCUAAUUCAGCCAUCACACGUAUUGCUAGAACCCAGUAUGCUUGCCUUAGCAACGGUUUCCGUGAUGCAAUGUUUGACUAUAAUGAAGCAGAGAUGAGCCAUCGAGAGAACUGCAAGGCCCAGAUCCAGAGGCAGAUGGAGAUAGUGGGCCGUGAAGUGACAGGCGAGGAAGUGGAGGAAAUGAUUGAGACAGGGCAGUGGAACAUCUUUAGCGAGAACGUGACUGAAGGCAAGACGGCUCGGUCAGCCUUGAACCAGAUUGAGAAACGACACCAGGAAAUGAUGGACCUCGAGUCCCGUAUCAAAAACAUCCAUGAGAUUUUCCUGGACAUUGCCAUGCUUGUGGAGGAGCAGGGCCCCAUGCUGACCUCCAUCCAAACCAACGUGCAGAAAACUGACAUGGCCAUACAGGACGCCCUCGUCAAACUUGGCCGGGCCAAAAGACAUGACAAGAACAAUCCCUUCAAGAAAAUGUUUUGCAGCUGCUUCCCCUGCUUCAACUGAGGGACUGUGAGAGAAAAGAUUAGAUUGAGCGACAGGAAAAUCAGCCGCCUGUUUCCAGGACUGAGAAAAAGGGGAAAUCCUAACUUAUUAGGGCAUUUACUAAAAUAUGUUCCGUAUGUACUAUUAAAUCCUAAGUUAAAAAGACAUUUACUCAAAUAUGUUCUAUAUGUACUACAAAAUCACAGUCAUUCAUUUUCUUGAAGUAGAACUGAUUUGUGGACUUUUCCUGCAGAGCUAUCACAUAACAAACGUGCAUUACACAGAAUUUUCCAGGAAGUAAAACCAAGGUCUGCCACAUAGCUAUGAUGUAAGACACAUGUCUAAACUGAGUUGAAAAAUGUUUGGAUAAAAGAUGUUUUUAUUGUAUUUUUAAAAAUAUAGUGAUGUCUUUGUAUGAAGGUUUUGAGACAGGUAUCUCAAAUCAGGAUUCAGUCUCUCAUGACUGAGGUGUGACAAAGACCUGGGACAAAUAAUGCGUUAAAAAACAAACUUUUUUUUUUUUUACUCCACAAAGAUUCCACGUGGAAGCAAUAGGAUUUUAGGAUGGGCCAGGAUUAUGUUUUUUUGUGCAAUCAUGGAAAGUGUUUUGCGAAUCAACUUAUGACACUUGUUUGUGUUUUUAACUAGAUGACUUUUUCUGAUACAGAUGACUUUCUCUGAAACUAUUAAUACAGUAAACCCCAAACAUAUGGUACUAUAUUCAAGUUGAAGGAAAGACACAAUACAUAUAUAUAUUUUCCAGUACUACUGAAACCAGGUAACCCAUGUCACAUAAUGAGUCACUGGCAAAACAUAUAGCUCAUACAAAUGCUACUUAGAGACAUGAGACUGAAGGAAAAAUAAUGUCUUUGAAAAAGUACUGAUGAAG